UUGGAUUGCACUUUUGCGCCCGCCCCAGCAACAAUCCUGUUCUGCAACCCACACAAUCAUCAACAUUCACAAUGGCCAGAACAGUCAACGGUUCAGGCCGUAAGGCGAAGGCUUCUGCCACGGAGAAGAAGGCCGCCAACGGAACCCCCAAGGCCGAGAAGCGCAAGGCUACUGAGGAUGCGUCCCCCGUCGUCAUCAAGAAGCAGAAGCCCGCCAAGGACGUUGUCGCCGAGGAGGCCCCCAAGAAGUCGGCGCUGAAGGAGAAGAAGCCAACAAAGGAGGAGAAGCCCACCAAGAAGGCCAAGAAGGUCGAGGAACCAGUCGAGGAAGAGACUGUGAACUUUAAGGAGGAGGACGAGGAGGUCGACCUUGAGACCCAAGCCCUAGUUGAGGCCCUUGACAGCGACAACGAGGAGGAACAGCCAACGCGGAUCAGCGAGACCUUCCAGAAGGGUCAGGAUGUCGGCAAGAUCCCCAAGUCCAAGAAGGCGAAGAAGGAGAAGAAGGAAAAGGAGACACCAGUCAGCAGUGGAAACCCCGGCGUCGUUUACCUCGGACGCAUCCCCCACGGUUUCUACGAGCACGAGCUCCGGGCGUACUUCGGUCAGUUCGGCGAUAUCACCAAGUUGAGAGUUGUGCGCAACAAGAAGACAGGCGCUAGCCGUCAUCGUGCCUUCAUUGAGUUUGCGGAGGCUGAGGUGGCCGAUAUCGCAGCGCGCACCAUGGACAAGUACCUUCUCUUCGGCCACAUUCUCACCGCCAAGGUUGUGCCGCCUGAGCAGGUGCACCCUGACCUCUUCAAGGGCGCCAACCGCCGCUUCAAGGUCGUCCCCUGGAACAAAAUGGCCGGCAACCAGCUCGAAAGACCGCUUUCCGAGUCGCAAUGGCAGGCCAAGAUCACAAAGGAGGAGCAGAGACGGCUUGCGCGGGCUGAGAAGCUCAAGGAUCUUAUGGACUACGAGUUUGACAUCCCUCAGCUCAAAGCUCCCGAGGCCAAGCCACAACUGGAGAACGGAACCGCCGAGGAGGAGGCUCCUAAGGAGAUCGAGGCCCCUCCCGCCCUCGAGGAAAAGGUUGAGAAGAAGAUUGAGGAGAAGAUUGAAGAGGUUGUUGAGACGGUUGUCGAGACCAAGGUGACCAAGGUCAGAAAGACUAAGGCUGCCAAGGAGCCCAAGGAGGACACACCCAGAAAGGGGACAAGGAGCAGCACGAGGAACAAGAAGACGAAGCCAUGAGGGGCAUAAUACCUAAUAUAGGCAGGGAGAAGAGUACUUGAUACCCCGACUCAAGACAGAAAAAAUUUCAUUGUUGGCCAGUUUUUAGUUGAUUUUUAAAUACAUUACAAUUCACACACAAA